CUUGUGCGCAUGCUUGAAUGUCAGGAAAGAGGAUUCUAUCUUCAACAUGGCGGCGACCAUAGAUCCCAGCAAUGCUUCACAGGCGACAAAGAAAAAGCACCUCGGCAUCCCUGAAGCAGUGUUUUUGGAGGAUGUCGACUUUUUUAUGAAGCAGCCAGGCAAUGAGACGGCAGACACCGUCCUGAGGAGGCUGGACGAACAGUACCAGAAAUAUAAAUACAUGGAGCUCAACCUGUCUCAGAAAAAACUUAGGUUGAAAAAUCAGAUCCCACAAAUCACACAGACGCUAGAAAUUCUACGACACAUGCAGAAGAAAAAGAAAACCACAGAACCCAUGGAAACACAUUUCCUACUGGCUGACAGCGUUUACUGCAAGGCCUCAGUGCCGCCCACUGACAAAGUCUGUUUAUGGUUAGGUGCUAAUGUCAUGUUAGAGUACGACAUUGAUGAAGCCCAGGCUCUCCUAGAGAAGAACUUGUCCACAGCGUCUCGCAACCUAGAGACUCUGGAGGACGAUCUGGAUUUCCUGCGAGACCAGUUCACCACCACCGAAGUCAACAUGGCACGAGUCUACAACUGGGACGUGAAGAGAAGGAGCAAAGAGAACCUCUUGAAAUCUGCAGAAAAGUCUUAACGCCCACGUCCAAAUUUGCAGUUUUUUUCUUUGUCAUUAAAAACGAUGAAACCCAAUCUUUAAAAUUGUAUGGAUGUUCCUCUGAGGUUAAAGUUUAGAUCUGAACUAAUUCAGUGCUAGCUUCUUACUCACUAUGAGUUCAGUUGCUUUAAGGCAGCCUCAAUAGUCAAGCAUGUGGUUAAAUGUAAGUCUCCACUAUAUCCACAAAAUACAGUGCCUUGCGUAAGUAUUUGGCCCCCUUGAACUUUUCAGCCUUUUGCCACAUUUCAGGCUUACAUAAUGAAGUGGAACGAAAGGUAUUGGAUUUUUCAAACUUGGCGGGCAAAAUUAUUCAGCCCCCUUACUUUUGAGUGCAGCAAACUCUCUCCAGAUGUUCAGUGAAGAUCUCUGAUUGAUCCAAUGUUGACCUAAUGAUGAUAAAUGGAAUCCACCUGUAUGUAAUCAAGUCUCUGUAUAAAUGCACCUCUCUCAGAGGUCCGUUUAAAGCACUGAGAGCAUCAUGAAGAACAUGGAACACCAGGCAGGUUUGAGAUACUGUUGUGGAAAAGUUUAAAGCGGAUUUGGAUACAAAAAGAUUUCCCAAGCUUUAAACAUCCCGAGGAGCACUGUGCAAGCGAUAUAAUAUUAAAAUGCAGGGAGUAUCAGACCACUGCAAAUCUAAAAAGACCGGUCCAUCAGUCUUAACUUUAUUCUCAAACAAGGAGAAGACAGAGCUGCAGCCAAGAGGCCCAUGAUCACUUUGGAUGAACUGCAGAGAUCUACAGCUGAGUCAGGAGAGUCUGUCCACGUGCAAUAAUCAGUCUUUGUGGCCUUUAUGGAAGAGUGGCAAGAAGUCAUUUUUUUUAGAGAUAUCCAUAAAAAGUGUUAUUUAAAGUUGAGGUGCCACAAGCCACCUGGGAGACACACCAAACAUGAGGAAGAAGGUGCUCUGGUCAGAUGAAACCAAAAUUGAACUUUUUUGACAAUGUUAAAUGUUUGGCAUAAAAGCAACACAGCUCAUCACCCUGAACACACCAUCCUCACGGUUAAACAUGGUAUUGGCAGCAUCAUGGUUUGGUGCCUGUUUUUCUUCAGCAGGGAGAGGGAGGCUGGUUAGAAUUGAUGGGGAGAUGGAUGGAGCCAAAUAAAGGACCAUUCUGGAAGAAAACCUGAUGGAGUCUGCAUAAGACCUGAGACUGGAACAGAGAUUUUUCUUUCAACAAGACAAUGAUCCAAAACAUAAAGCAAAAUCUACAGUGGAAUGGUUCACAAAUAAACAUAUCCAGGUGGAAGAAUGUCAAAGUCAAGACAUGAAUCUAAUGGAAAAUAUGUGGAAAGAACUGAAAACUGCUGUUCACAAAAGCUCUCCAUCCAACCUCACUGAGCUCGAGCCGUUUAGCAAGGAGGAAUGGGCAAAAAUGUGCAAAACUGAUAGACAUACCCCAAGUGACUUACAGCUGUAAUCACAGCAAAAGGUGGCGCUACCAGGUAUUAACUUAAGGGGGCAGAAUCAUUUUGUACCCCCAAUUUUCCAGUUUUUUUAAUUGUUAAAAAAGUUUGAAAUAUCCAAUAAAUAUUCUUCCACUUCAUGAUUCUGUCCAACUUGUUGAUUCUUCACAAAAAAAUUGCAGUUUUGAUUCUUUGAUUGCAGCCUGAAAUCUGGCAAAAGGUUGAAAAGUUCAAGGGGGCGAAUACUGUAAAGGCACUGUAUAGAGGAAUUUCACAGCUUUUUUUGUGUUCAUUUGAUAUAUUUUUUAAACAAUAUUCUAGUAAAAACAAACAAAAAAAACUAAAGAAGUGAAUACAUUUUGUGUUCUUCUCAGUAAUGUUGUGUGCGAAUUUUAUUUUUUAGCACUGUUUUUCCUCUUUUAUCUUCCCCUUCUCACACUUUUUUCUCCAUGUGGCGAUUUUGCUUGACUGAUGUUUGAACACAGUGGAGGGAGUCCAGCUGGCAGAGUAAAAGUUGAAUGUUGAAUAAAAGAAUUUUCUCAUGAUGA